AUGGGCAAUGCUGCAUAACUGGCUCUUCCCUAAAGCGCUUUCAUUGUCUCGGUUUUACAAUCAGAGCUUUGUUUUGACACCUCAGCAGUUGUCAGCUGUUAUUUGUUUUCCUUGAGAUGCUUUAGAACCAACCUCCCUUCAGAUGCUGAUGCUCGGACAAACACAUCUUUGUUGCCACAUGACUCUGAUCUGACCCUUGUGUUUGGUUUUUAUUUGGUAAGGGCUUUUUAGAAGAUAACUUGUGUUAUUGAACUGGGCCUUGUACCACUUCCUGCAGCAUCACAGAGCUUUGGUAAAAGCUAAAUCCCCCCCUCUAUAUUGGCAUCAUGUGCUUUUCAGGAGUGUCUGUAUUGUGCUGGUGCUUUAAGAAACCAAGAACCUUCUUUUCCUCUAAGAUCACCAUCUUAAUCACAAGAACUCAAUGCUGCUCUGCACUAAAGACAAGACUGCAGUUAGUGGUUUGCUGCUGUGUUUAUUCGGGUUUCCUUCACACCUGGAUCAUCUGGCUCCAAGCUGGUGACAGUUCGAUGUUUGGAGCAUGGAAAACAAGGCGGAGGCCGAGGGCUGCUCUAUCGCUGCUCCCUGCGAUGCCCUCCCCGCGGGGCGGCGGCGUUUCCCGGUGGGGCGGAGCUGGUUCGACCGCUACGGAGCCUCCGUCGGAAAAGGAGCCGCUGGGGGAGCUCAGCAGCUUCAAGCAGGCCUGAGUUCUGAACCUAUCUGCUCCAUUCUGAUGAGGAAAUUCUAGAGGUUCUUUUGAGCAACGAGAGCUGUGCUGUGCCUGUGCCAUGGCAGCGAUGGUGGCAGAGAAGCUCAGCCGCCUCUUCAUCAACGUGCGCCAGGUCCCACAACUGCUGGCCCCCCCAGUGCCCACCACUGUCAGCAGCUCCGAGGUGCCAAGGGUCUUCUGGAAGCCUUACAUCCACACCGGCUACCGGCCUGUGCACCAGACCUGGCGUUAUUAUUUCUUCACGCUCUUCCAACAACACAAUGAAGCCAUCAAUGUGUGGACCCACCUGGUGGCCACGCUGAUCCUGCUGCUGCGCUUCCAGCAGCUCUCCCACAGGGUGGAUUUUGGGCAGGACCCCCAUGCCCAGCCUCUCCUCAUCAUCAUCACAGCAUCCAUCACCUACCUGACGUUCAGCACGCUCGCUCACCUCCUGCAAGCCAAGUCUGAAUUCUGGCACUACAGCUUCUUCUUCAUGGACUAUGUGGGGGUGGCCAUCUAUCAGUAUGGCAGUGCGUUGGUGCACUACUACUAUGCCAUCGAGCCCAGCUGGCAUGAGAGGAUCCGGGGCUUCUUUAUGCCUACAGCUGCACUGCUGGCCUGGCUGUCGUGUGCAGGCUCCUGCUAUGCCAAGUUUCGCUACCAUCAGACAGCGUGGCUGCUGAGCCGGCUGUGCCAGGAGGCACCAUCAGGCCUGGCCUACCUGCUGGACAUCAGCCCUGUUGUGCACCGCAUCUACACAGCAUCACCUGCAGGGCACACAGACCCAGCCCUGCUGUACCACAAGUGCCAGGUGCUGUUCUUUCUCAUCGGUGCCUUUUUUUUCUCCCAUCCUUACCCAGAGAAGUUUCUCCCUGGGAAAUGCUAUUUCUUUGGGCAAAGCCAUCAGAUCUUUCAUGUCUUCUUGGUGCUUUGCACCUUGGCACAGAUUGAGGCUGUGGUGCUGGAUUAUGAGUCCAGGCGGCACAUCUACUCCUCGCUGCAGGGUGACCUGGCUCAGCACUUCUCUGCCCUGUGUGUGCUCACUGUGACCUGCUCCGUGCUCACGGCUGCAUACAUGGCACGGAAGGUGAGGGACAAGCUGAGCUUCAAAGAAGACUGAGAUUUGGGGCAGAGUAAGGGAUGCAAUGGCCAAAGGAUGCUCUGAGGAGAGGAAGGAAGCGCUUUGCGGACUGUCACUUGGCACUGCUCUCUCCAGGAAGGGAGAAUAAGAGCUGCUCUUCAUGCUUUUUAAUUCAGAAUUAAUCCCAUCGUAUUCAUGCAAUAGUGCACUGGUUUAGUUCCUAUAUCUGAAUAAACAGAUAGAACGGUU